AUGACUUCGGACGCGCCUCUGAACCACUGUCUGUUUGCACCGUUUAGGAAUACCAUUACCUCCUUCACCUACUCCGCCGAGAAGCCCGGAUCUUCAGGACCACGUCCCAUCCUCUUCCACGGCUCCUGCUCCUCUCCUCUCCGCUUCCUCACCCUCCCCGCUCUGCUGGACCCCCGCCCUCGCUCACCUCGGCUCAUCACCUGCCCCCAUGGAGCUGCCGGUCCGAAGCUGCCGAUCAGUGUGGGAACAGGAGGAAAGUAUAGCUCUAGGAAGGAAAAAAAGCGUGAGAAAAAAAUGCAAGUAGGAGGAAGGUGUUCCAGCAGGUGUGUCUUCAUGUGCAUCUGUGUGUUGCAAGCCGCCAUCCUGACAUGGCACCUACCUGCUGUUGUGUAUAAAAGGCAAAGGCAUGAAUCGUCUGCUUCAGAUUCUCAGUUCAGUGGGUCAGGGAGUGCCGGGUUGCUGAUAGUUCUUCGCUCCACCAACAUUAUGAAGAUGACAAAUAAUCUUUUGUUGUUUUUUCUUGGACUUCUUGCUGCUGUUCAUUCAACACCAAUUAGUCCAAUUAUCGAGGUCCCCGACAAGAGUGACAAGGACAUUAUCCAAGAGGUCCAAACAGAUGGGUUCAUUGUUGACCAGCCUGUUCACACAGCUACACCUGUGAAUGAUACAGGUGCUCAGAACUCUACUUCCACAACAAAGCCUGAGGUCAACUGGAAUCUUCCAUCUUCCCAAGUAUUCAUGUUUGCAACUUCCAUGGUGGAGGGCAGCGCUGACUCCACACGUUCUACAUGGAACGAGGAGGGGAGUGGACAAUUUACAGCGACAAAUCCCAGUGUUUCACACACUCCCACAACAUCAACACAAAAUCCUGUGGACUUUGCUUCAACCAAAAUUAAAUCAACCACAACCAUUCAGACAUCUCAUUGGUCAUUCACAGAGGAAGAGGGAAGUGCUGACACCACAUUCCCAACAUGGACCGAGGAAGGAAGUGGAUAUGCUGCAGCUACAGAUCACACUCCAACUCCCACCCCCACAGACAGCAUCAUAGAGGGCAGUGCUGAGACAGAGUCUACAACAACAGGGCGAGGUCUACAGACUUCAUACACCACAGCCCCCACCCCCACAGAUAACGUGAUAGAGGGCGUUGCUGAGACAGAGUCUACAACUAUGGGGCGAGGUCUACGUAUACUCCUUAAACCUUCAGAUCUCCGUACUUCACAAGCUACAACCCCAACAUUCACAGCAGAAUCUGAGUCAACAACAACAACAACAACAACCCCUCAAACAUUGCAGAUGCCACUCUCAGAAGACAUUAUUAAAAUGGAUCGUCAGAAUUACCUUCGUGAAAUUAAACCACAGUCAAGAGCAGACAAUGGCCAAAAUCUCCAUAAACGACACACCACUCCAGACUGGAUCAUCAUCCUUGGAUUCAUUGUUGGACUUGCAGCACUUAUGGCCCUCUGUGCUGCUAUCGCUACAAGAGACAAGUGGAACGGUCCAAACCAGGCAUAUGAGAUCAACACUAACUCCUCAAACCAGAAGAUGGAGCUAGAGAAGCAGGCCUUCCUGUACAAGGAAGAGCCCAAGGAGAAUGGAAGAGAAGCAGAGUAUGCGGUGAUCCCUCUGGACGAGCUCCCUGAGAGUUAAUCAUCAGACUGAGGUUGAGAGACAGAGUCCCUGGAGACACCAGACACAUCUGUGAACUACAAAACUGUCGAACUGACAAGGAACCAAACUGUACAGACUGAUGUACACACAUGUUGUAGUGGAACUUCACAGUUCUUACUUUACUGUCGUCUGAAUUUUUCAUGCCUUCUUCGUGAAACUUUAAUCAGACCAUUACCUGGACGACACACUGAUAUUUUGGUUUUAGAUAUUUAUUUCCAUGUCAAUUUCAUUAGAGAUAGAAACAUGUUCAGAUGAGGUGUUCUUGUGCCAUUGUUUCAACUGAAAGUGACACUUUCAGUUUGUUUUAGUUUCUGUUUACAGUUUUGUGAAAUUGCAUUUCUGAAGUGUGCUUCUGUUCUAACAUAACUGCAAAAGGUUUUUAAUAAUUUUAUUUAGAAAAACAUGUUGUGGAUUUUAACUUAUAUUAAGCUGCUUAGCUUUCUGUGUUUUUUAUGUAAGCUCAGACCACUGAACGGCGCUGAACCCUCUAACUUAAUUGCUCCUCUUGACACCCACACAGCACUUGAAAUGUAAAAUGCACUUACUGAACGUCCGUCGGAUCCCACAUUUUACAGGAAAUAAACACAACAGCGUCUCAUCAGCAAACAUUUAUUUGUUUUUUAUUUAAUAUUUACACACAGGUAUUAAAAUGCUUACACACUGUUAAGUCCAUUUUGUGAAUAAAGAGUUUCACACUAAACAAAUUA